GGCGGCGGCGGCGGCGCGGAGCAGGUGAGGCCGGGGCCGGUGCGGGGCCCCCGGCCACCCUCGCAGGUCUCCAGGCAGGAUCUCACUGCUGAGGACCCCUCACUCUGCUGAGGGCUGGGCCCACUGCCUCCAGGAUGGCGAGAUGGCUGCCCCGCUCCACCGACCUGACCCGCUUCUGCCAGAAGCUCAACCGGGUGAAGACUCUGGAGGAUGACAUGAUGGAGACAUCUUUUAACAGAUGUCUUUCCACCAUCGAUUUGACGCUACUAGGCAUCGGGGGCAUGGUAGGCUCUGGGCUGUAUGUCCUCACAGGCACUGUGGCCAAGGAGAUCGCUGGCCCUGCCGUCAUCGUCUCCUUCAUCAUCGCUGGCUUUGCCUCUCUCCUGGCUGCUCUCUGCUAUGCUGAGUUUGGAGCCCGUGUGCCCAAGACAGGCUCUGCCUACAUGUUCACCUAUGUGUCUGUGGGUGAAAUCUGGGCUUUCCUCAUUGGCUGGAAUGUGCUGCUGGAGUACAUGAUCGGGGGGGCUGCGGUGGCUAGGGCCUGGAGUGGCUAUUUGGACUCCAUCUUUAACCACAAGGUCAAGAACUUCACCGAGACCCAUGUGGGUACCUGGCAGGUGCCAUUCCUGGCCCGCUAUCCAGACUUCCUGGCAGCUGCCAUCCUGCUGGUAGCCACCGCCUUCAUCUCCUUUGGGGCCAAAGUGUCCUCCUGGCUCAACCAUGUCUUCUCAGCCAUCAGCAUGGGCGUCAUCCUCUUCAUCCUCAUUAUGGGCUUUGUCCUUGCACAGCCCAAGAACUGGAGCACCCAGGAGGGUGGCUUUGCCCCAUAUGGGCUGUCAGGCAUCAUGGCUGGCACAGCUACCUGCUUCUAUGCCUUUGUGGGCUUUGACGUCAUCGCAGCCUCCAGCGAAGAGGCCAGGAACCCGCAGAGGGCUGUCCCCCGGGCUAUUGCUUUCUCCUUGGGGCUGGCCACUGGCGCCUACAUCCUGGUAUCAGUUGUGCUGACGCUGAUGGUGCCCUGGCACACACUGGACCCUGACUCUGCCCUGGCUGAUGCAUUCUACAGGAGGGGCUACGCCUGGGCAGGGUUUCUGGUGGCUGCUGGCUCCAUCUGUGCAAUGAACACAGUUCUGUUGAGCAAUCUCUUCUCUCUGCCACGCAUUGUCUAUGCCAUGGCCGAGGAUGGGCUCUUCUUUCAGGUCUUCUCCAGAGUCCACCCGCGCACACAGGUGCCCGUCAUCGGCAUCGUGGUAUUCGGGCUGCUUAUGGCCCUGCUGGCCCUUGUCUUUGACUUGGAGGCCCUGGUGCAGUUCCUGUCCAUCGGCACACUGCUGGCCUACACCUUUGUGGCCGCCAGCAUCAUAGUUCUGCGCUUCCAGCAGCAGAAGGGAGAUGUCCCUGCACCAGCAGCCAGCGGCCAGCAUAACCCAGAGCCCCAUGAGGGCCCAUCCAGGGGUGAGCUGAAGGAGUAUGAGUCCUUCUCCGACAAGCUGCAGCUGGUGGACAGGGACAAGAGCAAAGAGCAGCGGGAGCCAGGGCAGCUGAAGGCAGCAUUUGAGCCCUACCUGGAGUUCCUCAGUGACUUCUACCCAGGUGAGGUGGUCACGGUGGCCGUGGUGACCCUGAUGGUGUCUGCCAUCUGCCUCUGCUCCAUCUUGGUGUUUGGCAACACUCACCUCCACCUGCCCACCUGGAGCUACUCUCUGCUGUUGGUCCUCUUCAGUCUGGGCUUCCUGCUCAGCCUCCUCCUCAUCUGGGCACAUGAGCAGCAGCACAGCACCCAGACCUUCCAGAUCCCCUUGGUACCUCUAUCCCCUGCGCUGAGCAUCAUCCUCAACAUCUACCUGAUGCUGAAACUCAGUUACAUGACAUGGCUCCGCUUUGCCAUCUGGCUCCUCUUAGGUCUGCUCGUCUACUUUGGCUAUGGCAUUUGGCACAGCAAGGAGAACCUGCGGGAACCACGGCCCCAGCGUGUCAGCGCCCGCUACGUGGUGUUCCCAGGUGGCAGCCUGGAGGAGAGGGUGCAGGCAGUCCAGCCCAGCUCCCAGCCUGCCACCGGGCUGCCAGACACUGACACCGAUGACUGCAAGAGAUGACACCACUGGCAACGGGGGCACCUGGAGAUGGGAGCGUCGGAAUCUCCUCCUGCAGUGAGGCUAGAGACCCACCCCCCUCCUCCUGGUCCCUCUGACAGCAGACCCACUGGGGCUGUUCUGGGUGUGGGGCUCCACCUAGAGAGGAUGAGGAUGCUCACCCUUCCCCGCGUGCUUCUCACAGAGUGUGGAGGAGCUUGCUGCCUCCCCCUCCAUUCCCUGCACUUGGGAGCUGGGUCUCAGCCCAGUGCCUGCCCUGCUCAUGAGGAGCCUUGUCCUUGUCACCUCUCCCUGAGCACACCCUGGCACUGUGCAGCACAUCUCCUGUCUGCCAGCACAUCCGUGCAGCUGGGAAUGCAGAAGUUCCCCAGGCACCAGGACACGCAGCCGAGUCCUGCCCAUCCUGACUCUCAUCCUGAGUGCAGCCCCCUGCCUCCUGCAGAGUCCCCUUCAGAAGGAGGCAGGGGCAAAUCGUGCAUCCCCACAGGCACCCCUGCCAUCCCUAUCCCCAGGGCUGCUCUCCUUAAAGGCUGGGGCUGAGGGAGCUGAGGGGUAGCUGGAGACAUGACAUGAAGAAGGAAAAUGGCCAGAGUGGGUGGCUGGGCAGGCACCCCAAGAAAGCUAGUGGAGGCUGGCACAGCAAAAGCCUAGCUGCAUCUUCCCAGCCACUGGAAUUGGCUGAGGGGUGGUCUGGAGGCCAACUUGACAGGCCUUGCAGCAUAGACACCCCAUUCCAUCCUCAUCCUCUGCAUGCUGCGAGGAGCUGGGGACUGUGGGAAGCUGUUCCAUUACUUGUUGCUGGCCCGUCCCUGAGGGCCCUAGAAGGCUGUGGGGACCCUCAGUAGCAUACGCUGGUUCCAGUGAACCCCUCUGUCUGCCAGUACCGCUCCGUGUCCCUCCUCGUCCCCGCGCUGCCGCCACUGGAGCUGUGGCCCCGGUUGGCACCUCUGUGUCAUGGCUUGUGAGCAAUGGGCUGAUUUGGUCAUUCUCAUAAACACUCUUUCUUGCAAUGGC